CUUCCAAGUUCCGAGAGUCGUGUAGUGCGUGUAUGUAUGCCAAGGGCCGACCAUUCUGCACCAAUUUUUUUUUCUUUCUUCUUCGUAUAAUAUAUUACAGGGCUCGUCCACCACCAAUUACCACCCUUCCACUAAAAUUCUUGCGGCACAUAUAACUUACGAUGCAAACACAUCUAUUAUUACGAGACCAUCCACGAGCACUCGCCUUACGACCGACCGUCCUCCAUGAAGCACCUUCGGGUGUAUUAAUGUUUGAACAGUACAGCAACCCGGCAACCAUGGGCGACCGCGCCAUCACCAAGCUAUUACCACUAGGUGAAUUCGAGGACACCCAAUGGCGCAUUUUAAAUAGUCGACCCGUAUUUGGUUGCCUUGGCAUGAUUAAUGUCAUGGGAGAAUGCUUUAUUGCGAUUGUUACAGAUUGUGUACCAGUGGGCCGUAUUCGUGCAGGUGAAGAAGUAUAUAAAAUUGUAUCCGUAUCGUUCUAUUCAUUGUCGUCGUCAAAGUAUGACGACUUGGAUAUGUCUUCUGCGGCUGCAGCACGGGAUUAUAAUACGGAUAGUUCAGGUGACGAAUGGAGCGACCAGGCGGCAAUACAACACCCUUGUGCUCAGCUGGAAAAGCUAUUUUCAGUCGGCAACUUUUAUUUUACCCCGGAUUUCGAUUUAACAAAAACUGUACAAGCAAGGACAUCGGAUGCAUCAUCGAACGUCCAUGCAUUUGAUGAUCAUUUCUUAUGGAACAAAUUUCUGAUAUCCGGAUUGCUCGAUUUUCGGGCGAAAUUGGAACGAAAAAAGCAGAUGGAUCUUGAUAGAGGAGGGUUUCUGGUAUUUGCCAUCCGAGGCUAUGUUGGGGUGGAAACUGUAUCACUUGAAAAUGAAAAAUACGAACUGUCGGUAAUAUCAAAAUUAAGUUGUAAACGGGCUGGUACCCGAUUCAACUCGAGAGGUAUCGAUGACAAUGGACAUGUUGCCAAUUUCGUUGAGACAGAGACCGUGUUGUAUUCCGAUCGAGUAUGCUAUGCAUUUACCCAAACGCGUGGAAGUGUUCCUGUGUUUUGGGAACAGCAGGGCAUCGUCAAUCAAAAAUUACAAAUUGCACGAGGACCGGGUGCGACACAACCAGCCGUCAAGCGACACUUUACCGAACUCAUCAAUCGAUAUCAAUCAGUAUGCAACAUCAACCUGCUCUCUGCACGCGAGCAGAACACGGGCGAAUCCUUGUUGGGAUCAACAUACACAUCGGCGGUUCACCAACUACAUAUGCCCGAAAGCCAAUUACGAAUGGUCAAUUUCGACCUGCAUGCCGAAUGUCGUGGUGGCAACUAUGACAAUCUUGUUUAUCUAUUAAACGACGUACGCGGCUAUUUGGAUCAACAUGGCUUCUUUUUAAUGGACUCUGUCGACAAUCGUAUUGUCAACAGACAGACUGGUUGUUUCCGAACAAACUGCUUGGAUUGCUUGGAUAGAACAAAUCUUGUGCAGAACAAAAUUUCGAGCAUGACAUUGCAAAAUUAUUUGGGCGGUCACCACGUUACAUGCUGGGACAUGGAUAUGUUGAUGGAUCGACAUUCCCAUUUAUGGGCGGAGAAUGGCGAUGGUUUGUCCAGAAUUUAUGCUGGUACAGGAGCGCUCAAGUCGGCAUUUACACGGACGGGCAAGGUCACCUUUAUGAACAUGUUAAAUGAUGCCACUCGAUCCGCAAAUCGAUUUUUCAUUAACACGUUUCAAGAUAAGGCUAAGCAGGAAGUCAUUGAUCAAUUACUGGGGAAGUUGGUGGGUCAACAAGAGAUCAUAGUACAUGACCCAAUCAGCGACUCAGUAUCAAAACUGAUGGUGAAAAGAUUAAAAGAAUAUUCAACAAGUCACCAAGUAACAAUUUUUUGUGGCACAUAUAACUUAAAUGGCAAAAGUUUCAAGGGUGAAUCCUUGGAUCCCUGGCUUUUACAACACUCACAAUGGGGAGAUGAUGAACCUGAUAUCUAUGCCGUGGGCUUCCAAGAAAUUGUAGAGCUUUCUCCACAGCAGGUCAUGACGACAGAUGCAGAGAAACGCAAAAUAUGGGAAGAGCAGAUAGAACGUACAUUAAACUCGAAUCCCAGAGGCAAAUCAAGAUACGUUAUGCUUCGAUCAAAUCAACUCGUCGGUGCGGCGCUUGUCAUUUUUGUAAAAGCAAAUAUUGUAGAAAAUAUUCGCAAUGUCGAAACAUCCAUCAAGAAGACCGGUAUUAUGGGUAUUGCUGGUAACAAGGGAGCAGUUGCAAUUCGCAUGGACUAUGGCGACACCAGUAUCUGUUUCUUAGCAGCUCAUUUUGCAUCAGGGCAUUCGAAUUAUGAGGACCGAAAUGCCGAUUUCCAUACAAUCAAUACCGGCCUUCGUUUCCUACGUGGACGAACAAUUGACAGUCAUGACAACAUAUUCUGGUUAAGUGAUCUGAACUAUAGAGUUUCGUUAUCCAACGAAGAGGCACGCGGAUAUGCUGCCCAAGGAAACAUUGAUGCUUUACUCCAAGCCGAUCAGCUCCAAAAACAAAUGCAGCAAGGUCUUGUAUUCCCGGGUUACCAAGAAGGACCUAUUACUUUCUUACCAACCUAUAAAUAUGAUAAUGGCAAAGAUGUCUAUGAUACCAGUGAGAAGCAACGGGUGCCAGGUUGGACAGACCGUAUUUUGUAUAAAGGAAAGCAUUUAGAACUGGUUCAGUAUGCCCGUGCUGAAUUGUAUACAUCCGAUCAUAGACCAGUAUUUGCCCUGUUUGAAGCAGAUAUUGUUAUGAUGGACCAUGAUGCCAAAGCCCGAUUGCAAAAAGAAUUGUAUCAGAAGAGUCUGGAUAAUAUUCCUGUAGUAGAUAAUACAGCUCCACCCGAAUUACCACGUCGAAGAACACCCACUCCGCCAAGCAGACCUAUUGUCACAUUGCCACCACGUUCUAUUGUAGAUACUCUAAUUGAUCUCGGCCCUGUAAAUGCUUCACCCAGUUUACCGAAACCAAGUACAGAACUUUCCAAAUGGUGGGAAACUGAUGAACCACUUCCCCGUGCAAAUAAACACGUUGUUAAAAUGUCAAAUCCAUUCCGGCAACCGCUAUGUGAGUUUUCAUACAUAGCAGGAUCCAUCAGCGACUUUUUACACUAAUCUGUAUGAUCUACUACACAGCUGUAACAUCAACAAACAACACCACAAACAGUAACAAUAACAAUACGACAACAUCAGUGCACAAUGGCACUAGCGAUAACAGUGUUAGACAAAACUCACUUUCUCAAUGGAUACCGAUACAGCCAGCAUCGACACCGUCAUCCUCCUUGAAUGGAACAACAACAUCUAACGCUACAAGUCCAACAAAGGCGGCAGCAAAACUAACAUCAACAUCAACAGGUGCAGCAGUAAUAUCACCUAUUGAAGCGGAUGAAGAUUAUGAACGACAUUCAUCCACUACUGACACCGGCGAGAACAAUGUUUCAUCCGCUUUUGGAUUUUGGAAUAACAAGCAGACGGCAGCAUCAUGAUCUUAUCUCGUAUCAAAAUAUUUAAAUGAUAAUAAAAACACAUCCAUCUUGUUAUUAUAUGUAUAUACGCAAAUACUUAUUACUGCUAUGUAUCCAUUAUCCUAUAACUGCAAACGAUAUAAUAG